AUGUCGUAUGGGAAUUCGUCCCUGACAGACUUGAACUCUUCUGGACAGUACAUCGUGGACCAGAGAAAACAGUAUAAAGUCGUCAUUUUGCCAAGUAUCUUUGGGAUCAUCUGUUUCUUGGGUAUUAUUGGGAACUGCAUUGUCAUCUACACAAUAGUGAAAAAGACCAAGUGUCGCGCCAAGCAGACUGUGCCUGACAUCUUCAUCUUUAAUCUGUCCAUCGUGGACCUGCUCUUCCUGCUUGGCAUGCCAUUUCUUAUUCACCAGUUGCUUGGCAAUGGCUCUUGGUGCUUUGGAGCCACCAUGUGCACUGUCAUUACUGCACUGGACUCCAACAGCCAGACUGUCAGCACUUAUAUUCUCAUUGUCAUGACCCUCGACCGUUAUCUGGCCACUGUGCACCCUUUUCGCUUCAACCACGUCCGUACUCCGCUCGUAGCUGGCGCCGUGGUGGGUUUGGUCUGGGUUCUAUCCCUUCUCUCCAUAACGCCUGUUUUCAUGUACACCGGGCUUAUGCCCCUCAGCAGCGGUCUGGUGGGAUGUGCUCUUCUGUUGCCCAAUCCAGCCACUGACAUUUACUGGUUCACGCUCUACCAGUUUGUGCUGGCCUUUGCUUUACCGAUGGUGGUCAUUUGCGUGGUGUUCUUUAAAAUGCUCCAGCACAUGUCCACCACCGUGGCACCACUGCCCCCUAGGAACCUGAAAGUCCGCACCAAGAAGGUGACCCGCAUGGCCGUGGCAAUCUGCUCUGCCUUCUUCAUCUGCUGGGCGCCAUACUAUGUGCUUCAGUUGGUCCACCUGGGCGUGCAGAAACCCAGUCCCGCUUUUUCCUAUGCUUACAACAUUGCCAUAAGUAUGGGUUACGCCAACAGUUGCAUCAACCCGUUCCUCUACAUCAUCCUCAGUGAGACCUUUAAGAGACAUUUCAUUGUGGCCAUCCAACCAGCACACAAACAUUUCCGGGUCCAUCUGAGUACCACGGAGGGAAGUGUUGUCUUGCCUUUGACCCAGGGCUGUCGGAGACCAUCUGGAUCUCAACUGGACGUGGGGCCUGGUGACAUGGCGGCUCACUAA